AUGGCGCGCUGGAAGCCCUGGUUGUGCCGGCGCAGCCGCUCCAGUGACGGGGAGGCGGUGAUGCUGGCGCAGCAGCGCUCCUCGGGGCUGCCGCCAUCCUGCUCCGGCCGCGGCGCCGGCAGCCGCCGGCUCAGCAGCUCCUCCAGCAGCUCGGCGGCCAGGCCCGUGGCGAGGAAGGAGCGGCGGUCGAUGGCGGUGCUGGCGCUGGCGCUGAGCCGGCACAGCGGCAGCGUGGUGCUGAGGGCCUCCUCCUCCGCACCGGGGCACGGCGGUGCCGGGGGGCUCCCAGCGCUGGGGCUCGGGUCGGCGCUGCCGAGGCUCUCCGUGGAGCGUGCGGGCGCGCUGGGCCACGCGUGGUGGAGCGGGGCCGGGGAAGCGGGGCCGGCGCAGCCGUCGCGGGGGUCCCGGCAGCCGGAAGGGCUGAGCCAGGCUCCCCACAGGGGUGCCGGCGGUGGCAGCGGCGCGAGCGAGGGGGAUGGAGGCAGGGGCGCAGCACGGGGCCCCCCGGCAGCAGCGACCCCUCCUCGUGCCGGUGGAGCGGGUGCUUCCCGGGGCAGAGCGCCAUGGCAGUGCCGGGCGCCCGCGGCCGCGCUGGGUGUUGGGGGCGAUGUCCCUUUGUGACGUCCCCAUGGAACCAGGGCCCCGGCUCCCCCCGGGUUCCACGGGGCUGCCGCUGGCACCACCGGGCAGCCCAUGGAGCCGGUGCCGCGCGCGGGGCUCACGGUCCUGGCCUGCUAUGACCGCCUGCGCCGCGAGAUCCAGGCGCUGCUGGCGGAGAACGAGGAGCUGGCGCGAGCUGUGGGGCGGCUGCAGGACCAGCGGCAGCUCCGGCAAUGCCAGCGGGGUGUGCCCGGCUCCGCACCGCCGCUCGGGACCCACAGCGGCUACUUCCCCUUCCCUGGCACGGCGAGCGGCGCGCCAGAGCUGGCACCGCUGCAGCAGAGCUCCCCGUGGGACAUCACGCAGCAGUCGCAGGAUGGACCCUGGGCUCCGCUGCCGCUGGGCUCGACAGUCACCGACAGCAGCGCCGGCAUCAGCGGCAGCGCCGGCAUCAGCAGCGGCAUGAACAGCAACUUGAGCAGCGGCAUGAUAUUCGCUGAUGGCAGGAUGAGAUCGCUCCCGGUGACCGUGCCCGGCCCCCCCGGCGCUGACAGCCUGCGGCUCUCGUGCCCCCUGAACCGCUUCAGCCCCGCCGGCUCCCGGACCCCUCCCGUGACGCUGGAGCUGAGCAGCAGCAGCAGCAUGAGGCUGUCGGACCUGCGGCCGGCGGCGGCCGGGCCCCCCCCGCACCCCUUCCCACCGGCCCCGGCCCCGGCCCCGGCCCCGGCCCCGGCCCCGGCGGCGCCCCCGGCAGCACCGCAAGCACCGGGGUUGGAGCUGCCGGGGCCGGCGGCGGGGCAGGACUCGCCGCCGGUCUCGGGUUCACCAGGGAGCCGGCACCGGCCCUGGGAGCCGCUGGUGGGUGAGAUCGCGUUCCAGCUCGACCGCCGCAUCCUCGCCAGCGUCUUCCCCGACCACGCGCGGCUCUACGGCUUCACCGUCGCCACCAUCCCCGAGAGGAUCAUGACGACGGCGCUGAACGCGGUCCCGGGCAGCUUCGACGAGCGGGGCUGCGUGGCGGCCGUGCGGCGCUACCUGGGCGUGAUGCGGCGGCUGCAGGCGCUGGGCUACAGCCCCUCGGUGCACCCCGCCUUCAGCGAGGCGCUGGUGAACGCCUUCGGCGUCCUGGCGGGGCCCAGCAGCCCCGACCCCCGGCACAGCCCGGCCUUCCUGCGCCGCGUCCUGGCCGAGACGGUGCCGCGGGCGGCGCUGCGGGACGCGAUGGUGCUGCUGGAGUGCCUGGAGGCGCUGGCCAGGGAGGACGGGCACCCGCUCUUCUUCUGGUGAGCGCCGGCACCGGCA